CUUCCCUUCCCCCUCCCCCCCGCCUCCCUCCCUGGACCGGCGGCGGCGGCGGCGCGGCGCGCCCGGCCACCGUUACGGGCCCCGGGCGCACCGCCCGAUGGGCUGCGGGAGGAGCCGGCCAGAGGACGAGGAGGACGAUGCCCCACAGAGCAAGGGGAAGGCCAAGAAGAAGGCCAAGAAGAAGGCCACAGGCGCCAGCGGGAGCAACGCCGGCGGGCCGAAGGCCUCGCUGUCGAAGGCUGCCCACGACGCUACUCGCUACACGAACCCCGAGAGCAUCUUCGAGGCCCUGGGCUGCAAGGUGGGCGAGCACCACCCCGUCAAGCUGGUUCGCAUGAGCUACAUUCUCCGGGGCUUCGGCCGGGAGCAGACGGAGGGCAGCGUGGGCGCCCCGGACCUCCCGUCGCGGGCCUUCGUCGGCGCGGACGAGCUCCGGCAGGUCUGGACCGCCAGCGGCCACGGCGGAGUGGACCUGGUGCUGCCGGUCUUCAGCGUCUCGUGCGGCUGGGAGACGCCCGAGCACCCAGACCCGCAGGGGAUGCACCUCGCGGUGAUCAGGAAAGCCCUGAAGAAGCAAAAGAAGGAGCUGCAGACUCAGCGCGGCCAGUUCACAGGAUUUAGCGAGGUGGGCGUCUUCUGGGACUGGGCGUCGCUGCUGCAGGGCGACGGGGACAGUGCGCCGGGCCCCAUCAGCAGCAGCACCAGCGGGG